ACCUAUCAGCCGACACCCUACCUAGGGCUGUAGUCCAGUUACUGCCUGGUGCUAAAUCCCCAGCAACGCCAUGGACAGGCCGGAAUCACGGUGCCCUCCACCAGGCUCCCUCAGGCUAUUUGUCCUUGCAUGCCUCCUGAUCCUGACAGCUAUUCUGACGUGUCCUAUGCUCAGGCUCUGGUUCCACUCCUCCCUCACUAGGAGCUAUGUCUCUGGCACUUACUCCAUCGUUUUUGUCAACUGUCCCAAUGAGCAAAUUGCCAGAGAUGUUGCCAGGGCCAUACUGGAUAAGAAGUUGGCAGCUUCUGUGAACAUCUUGCCUAAGACAUCUUCACUGUACUUUUGGAAGGGAGAAAUAGAAGAAUCCACUGAGAUCUUGUUGCUAAUAAAGACAAAGACUUCCAAGGUCUCCAGGCUGUCCACCUAUAUGAGGUUGGCUCAUCCUUUUGAAAUCCCAGAGGUCUUCAGUAUUCCCAUGGACCAAGGAGAUGCUCGCUAUUUAAGGUGGCUUGAGGAGGGCAUGAAGGAGAACUAAGCAGAGAGACUGUUCAGGCUGCUGGCUGGCUGGCGGGUCUUUCUUGACUGUGCUCUGGGGAAGGCAAGCCUCCUUCCACCUCCCUAGGUGACUGAAGGACUGAGAAUUUCAAGGCCGGGUGUGAAGGCCAGCCAGGCCUUCAGGAACCAAGUGGAGCCUGUGUCCGCCAGAGGGUGUGAGGGUGAGGACACAGGGACAGAGGGGAGGUGGCAGUGAGGGCGCUGGGCCUACGGUAAGUGCCCUGGUGUAAUCGCUCCUCUGCUGCUCGUAGGGACAGAGGGCCUUCCUCACCUAGGUGUGUGUGGGAUAAAUGUCUUCUAAAACCACUGACAUGUGCUCUGUUCAAAAUGAUGAAUCGUAGUGGUAGAGUUUCAGGGGUCAGCAGAAUUUUCUUGUUAGAGAGGCUUUUGUUGCUCCUGAACUUGCAGAGGUGAGGCUGGGAAGGGGUUUCUUGAGUCUCUAUAGGCUAGGGGAAUAUUAGGGUUUCAACAUGAAUGUCUUGACUUAAUAUAAUAGACAUGCAAAGACCCUGGAGACCUAGGUUCUCAGCCCUUGGAACCUGCUGGGCCAGGGAUUUUCAGAUCUGCUGUACAGAGCUUCUAGGGCUGGCAGAGGAACCCCUGAACUUCUGGAGGAAUGUAGCCCCCAUCCACAUCCCAAGUGGAGGUGGCAGAAGUAUGUGAAUCCCCCAUUUUAUGCAGUGGAAACUUCAUGGAAUUCCAUACAGGAGACAUGCUGAGCUACAGUCUAGCCUCGGUUUCUCAUCCCAUGCAGAGGGCUCUCUACACCUGUCCCAAGGAUCUCUGGUGAAGGGAACAGUGGAUGGAGGUGGGGGGAAGGCUGAGCCCAAGGCCAUGAAAAGGGAGAGUUGAACCAGGCCCUCUCCAUGAAUCUCACAAGGUAACUCCAUGAUGGGGGCACCCAUAGGGAGCUGGAGUCAGGAUCCAGACAGCUAUGGUAUCCUGGUUUCUUCUGUGGGGUGAGGUGUUGUUACAGGUCCUAGUUCUGAUAGCUGCUGUGUGUCUCCCACCUUGUGCCCCAAGUAGCAGAUGUUGAAGGGUCUCUAAGGGCCAUCUGUGAGAACCUGAUCAGGGCUGAGGCCCUUCCAAAAGGCCAGAGAAUCCCACUGGUAGUUUUGAGGGCCGAGGACCGAAGAUGGCCUUGGUCUUAAAGCCCAGUUUCUGAGGUAUCUACAAGUCUUGAAAACCCCUACUUAAGAUGUACUCAGGACCCCAGAUGUGUUGCUUCUAGGACAAAGCCAAGUUUCUAGAUCUCCCUUCCUUCCUGUUCCAAUCACAGUGCACCUCAUUGUGCACUGUCCCUGUGUUCAUGUGUCCUUCCCACCCGGUGUUACUCUUCUGAAAAGCCUCACUUUCAGGCUGGAUCACAAGGUGCUAGAGGUCAGAAGCGUGUCUGAAUCUUGCUUCUUGCACAAGGUUUGGGUAUUAUUUCCUAAGUUGACAUUUCAGU